AUGUUCAAUCCUGCAGUUGCAAACUACCUGACGCAGUUCUAUGCACUUGGGAACACGCCGGCAGUCGACCUCGCAAGGGAGCUUCCACACGGUGUUGACGCUGACUGCCUCCUGCUCGGGUGUGGUGAUGUUCGCAACAUUCUUUUCACAGCAUCUUCUCGCCAAGGGCUUCCCCGGAAUGUCUUCCUGUUCUCUCUGGUUACAGCUGAGCAGAACCCCACGGAUCAUUCAACAGCCUGGUCUAUCUACUAUGAUCUCUACCUGAGAGGGGAAGUCAUCGAAGUUGUUCGGACUCAUCUGGCCCGCCUCCUGAACGCGUCCAAAUCACUAGAGACCUGGCGCGGAACGUCAUUCAACAUCCUGCAAAGCUUCUGUGAUGAAGGGACUCUCCGUUUGGUCAGAGCCUGCUGGUUGAGCAUGAGUUCUGCGACGAGCGACGCCAAUUCCAAGAACAACUUUGUGGAAAAUUUGCAGAGGACCACACGAGCUCAAGAAAUGCUAUUUGGAAAGGUUGACCGUUCUCAGAUCCUCACCGGUCUGAGGUCCGCCGCACCUGUAGCCACCCAGGCCAUGUCAGAUACCCAACUGAGAGGCUUCAACAAGCACUGGUGGGAGCACGGAAGUUUGACUGAAUCCAAGGCACAUGUACCCAAUCCUCUGUUUGCAGGCCCUCUGUCACCGAACACAUUGCUGCAUUAUGGAACAGAUCCGCUUCUUGGCUUCCACCUUGCGUCGGCGUUCAUCCAGCUCGCGCCUAAGUCGCCGCUAUCCCCCGAAGAUGGUGACAACAGAGGAGCUGGUAAAGCCGUUCAUGCUGCCACUUCGCAGUUCCGGGGGUGGUUGAAGGCGUUCCAACACUCACGCGAAACGAUAAAAAUCAGGUGGAUGAUAGCCGACGCUCUUACGUUUUGCCACGUCCUCCAGGUUCCCCUCGACUCUCGAAACCUGUCUUCAAACAUGUACAGGCGCCAGUUUGACAUGACUACUUGCGAUCUGGAUUCCCAUGAGUAUGGCACUUUGGGGAAUGCUCCCCGACUGUUUGAUGUGGUUGAUACAUCCAACCUAGCCGACCAUUUCGGGCCACUGAAUUACCUGGUUGCCAUCAAACCGUUGCUCAAAGAUGCUGCAACUUCCACCGUCUGGCUUGAAACACUACUUAAGACAGAGAACUCCCGGCAGGCACAUUUCGAAUCUCUCCUAUGCGGUCCUAGUACGACUAUCUCUCUUCUUCUGGGUCUCAGCGCCAUUGAGACUUGGACUAAUGCCUCAACAAUAUCUUGUGUCGAUGAAUUUUUCAUUGCUGCUGCAUUGGGAAACUCUUCCCCGCAGAUCCAUUCCCGCAUGGCCUGGAAACUCAACAAACAUGUAGCUGGAGAUGGAAAAUCUACUACGAAAGUGCGGAUGGACCCUGACGCUCUCGUCGGGGUCAUCUGCGGGAUUUGCUCCAAGAUGUUCGCGCAUGCGACCGCCGAUGGUUCUCAAUCAAACCAUCCAAGGAGUGCGUAUCCUCCCUAUCAUUGCGGCAGCUUAGCUGCUCUUAUCUCACUCAUCCGAACGAACAUCGAUUCCAACUGGCCGGAAGUCCUACGGCAAGUGAGUGAAACCCUCAGCCAAAGCUCCUACGCCUUGUUCAGGCAGGAAUUGUGGACACAGCUGCACUUAUAUGGACUUCAUGAAGAACCGCAGAGGCAUGGUGUAAACCCGGCCGCAGGCAGGUUGCACUCUUGGAACUCGAUUCCUGACAUCGUUUCGCUCACGCUCGUCAUACCCCGGGCAUGCUUGGACAAGCUGUACGCAAGCGAGUAUCUGAAGGUCGUCGCCCCUACUCUCCAACUAGUAGUGGCGCCUAGCAAGAGCCCCGGUCACGAUCAGCAAAGUGUGUUUCUAGACCUGCAUGUAGGUUUUGGUCGGGUCUCUACCCAAGAGGUUUCUGAUGGCGGCAUCUCCAUCUCUGUUCGGGAGGAUAACGCAGGUUGGUCAGGCGAUUCGCCAUUAGUGGUGUCCUGCUACGUGCCUUCUUCGAUCCUCCAAAUUGACCCAGUUGCAACAAGCAUUAGACUGGCAAUUCAGACUACAAAGGCCGCCCUCUUGACUUACCGUGUUGCCGGUUUUGGUCCAAAUCUUUCGGUUUACGAGGCUUCAAUAACUGAUACAAGUCAUGUUUUCAUCACGAGGCACCUCCCAGGUUUACAAGGUCCAUCAGUCAUCACUGGUAGCAGGAGCCAAGAGAAGCGUGUAGGCUCUCAUAAUUCCUCGGAAACUACCUGGAUAUCUUCUGGACUAGAUGAGCGUUCACACAAAGUCCUUAAUCUGACAGGUCACGUCGAUUUCGUCUCGGACCUUGGAAAGAAACUUCUGGCUAACAAGUCUCCCAUUGAGCUACAACAAUCUUCGCCUUAUGUCAUUAACAUCGUCUUCGGCAAGAAUAAGUUGAUAGCUCCGGUGGCGUUCCCCCUCCCAGUGUCUACAGAGUUGAGCAAAACCCGCAUUGCCCGGAAAUCUGCUUACGUAGAAGUCAUCGCGCAGAUAGCGGAUCCGCUGAACUCGGACUCCUUGGCUGGCUUCAUGUUCCCUAUUGUUCUUAGUCCCGACUUGAUGCCCACUCUACUAAGCGGACACCAUCUCAACCUUGAUACCCUGCCCAUUCUUGACGUGGAUCGGAAAUACAAGAGCCAGAAUCAAUUCUUGAACACUCUUGUAGGAAGCCAAUUCUCGGUUCGAGAAAAACCACUUCGCAACCUAGAACGGUCAAGCCUCGGCAUCUCGACUAAUCUGCGCCUAAACUUCAAAGAGUCGAUUUUUACCAUGUUCAUGCUCUCCUCUGGGCUUCAAGGGGGCCAGACGGGCAUGUUCACACUCAGCUAUGGCGACCUAGGAGUUACUAUGUUGAUCUUCGUUCGAGCAAUCCGUAUCGAUGGGGCUGCAGGUUCGGCUGUUCUGGAUGCUGCGGUGCUUCCUCUCACGAUGGAUAUCGUUCGUUCCAAGGAAAUGGAAGAGUUCUUGUUGCUCUUACGCGAGUUACAGCUCUGCCAGAUCAAUGUUGACGAUAAAGAGUUGAGUUUAUGGCGCCGCGUUAUCCCGGCCCUUGUGGAAAGGUGCCGCACGUGGUCACACACAGAACGCUGCGAGUACAGAAAACCUGGCGCGACCAUCCCGUUAACACAGGAAACUGGCAAACAGUUCCUAUGUAGCUGUGGAAACGGCCAAAUGCCCGACAACUUCCUCAGUAUCCCUGAAUGGGACGUUGCCUCAAAGCAUGCUGUGCGGAUUGCGAUCAGCCCAACCUUUUCAGUCCCUUUCGUGGAGGAUGUUCUUGACACAAGCCCUCUAAAAAUGAAGGGAAAGAUGGAGGACUUGAUGGUUGAGAAGUGUCGCAGUUGCGGAAAGACGAAGGCGGCCAAUGGUGGUAAACUUAUGGCCUGUGCGCGGUGUAAGGAGGUAUCGUACUGCAGCAAAGACUGCCAGAAGGCUGACUGGAAGAAGCAUCGGAUGGAAUGCUCAGCCGAUUGA